GGGAGGGAAGCAAGAGGUCAACCCUGACGAUUAUCGGCGUUGGCUUGGGCUGCCUGUCAGCGGAGCAGCGCUCAGCCGCUGUAGUAGCAGCAAUCUCCGCGGCGGUUGGUGGUCCGGGAAUCGGGUUGGCCGGUGAGGCGGGAAAGAUAAUAGGUGGAGCUAUAGAAGGGAUUGGGCUUUUGGUGAAAGUGGGUGGCGGCCGGCGACAGGGAUAUGGAGUGGGAGCGCGAGAUUGUCAGUUGUUCGCCGACGGAGGGGAAGAAAUGAGUGAGGAAGAAGUGUCCUGCUACGGACCGUGCGCUUGAAGGCGCUGCAUUUCCGGUUUCUUCUCAGGGAAGGUGCACAGCUUCUCCUCUUGCCGUUAGGUCAGACGUCUCCUUGUUAUUUUUUGGGGGCUACUGGGGACAUUGCUGCUCCCACUAGUUGGACGACUUCAGAGUCAAGAAGGGGGCGCGUGGGGUUCACUCCUGGGGUAUAACCAAGCGAAACGAAGAUUGCCGCCACUUUUCUGAUGUCAAGGGUGUCGAACACAAGAAUAAGUCGGCAUUAGGAGGGGGGACGAAGAAUACCGGAGGCCUCCAUUGACGAUUUCACAUGCGGUCGCCGUUGAAGAUGGUGAUUUCAGCUGCAGCAGCAUUACAAUUACGAGCAGGCAUACACCAAGUAAGCCUUCUGAAGAGGCAUCCCACAAUGGUAUCGGUCGAAGCGAUGAGUAGGAAGGUAGAUUGUUAGGAAGGCAGUAGAUCGAUAAGUAGGUCGCUGCGACGCUUGAUCCGGUGGUAGCAUAUGGCGGAUCACCACGGCCAGAAGCACCGGGAGAAGCAACGUUUCGUGGUUAACCGGCUUUACCUCGUCCUCCUCUUCUACUGCUGCCUGAUGUGCAUAUGUGUCGUGGCAGAUGCGCAACAAAGGCAACCACCGCCGGCGCCGCCACCCCCAAGUCCGCCGCCGCAGACCCCCCUUAGUUCGCGUACAGAGUUUGACGCACUAUUCAGUCUGAGGUCUUCAUUGGGUUUGAGAAGCAGGGAUUGGCCCAGAAAGGUAGACCCUUGUAGCCGAUGGGCAGGCGUCCGUUGCCAAGACGGCCAUGUCGUUGGCCUCAACAUCUCCGGUUUCAAGAGAACCAGGGUGGGGAAAACGAACCCUCGGUUUUCCGCAGAUGGACUGUUAAAUCUUACCUCCCUCUCUUUCUUUAAUGCUUCUUUCUUCCCGCUCCCUGGACGCAUCCCUGAAUGGUUUGGCCGUCUGGAUAAUCUUUCCCUCUUGGAUCUCCAUUCCUCUCACAUCAAUGGUUCCAUCCCACCGUCACUCGUUUCUCUUUCCAAUCUUACUGUCCUGGAUCUUUCGCGCAACCAUCUCACUGGAUCCAUCCCACCACCCCCAACCUCUUCCAAUCUCACCCUCCUCAACCUCUCCCAUAACCAUCUGGAUGGCCAGCUCCCUCCUGCUCUGGGAACUCUGCGCAACCUCCGAUUCCUGUUCCUAUCCAACAACACCCUCACUGGCACCCUCCCGCCGCAGUUUGGAUAUCUUCCGUCCUUGGUUCACCUGGAUCUUAGAUUCAACUCCCUCUCCGGCUCCAUACCCGUGGAGUUGGGGAGCCUGAAGAAUUUGCAGUACCUGCUGCUUUCUGGCAAUUCCUUGUCCGGUGAGCUCCCAGUUAAUGUCACCAAACUCCCUCGACUUGAGGCUCUUGUCGUGAACGGCAACAAUCUAUCCGGUGGCCUUCCCGAUAUGGUUGGGCUCAACCUCCGUAUUUUGGACGUCUCCAGCAAUAGCUUGAGUGGAAAUCUUUCAAACGGCAGUUUGCUCUCUGACUCGUGGAAUUUGAGUUCUGGAGCGCUCUUUAACCUUUCUCACAAUCUCUUCUACGGAAUUUUACCGGCACAACUUGGAUCUGUCCUCCAGAGAUCGAGCUCGUUUGAUCUAUCUUACAACUAUUUCCAGGGUAGACCUCCAGGUGGCCUCGCCGGCAGUGCAGAUAGUUCUUAUCUUCAGAUGAAUUGUCUUCAGGACUUGCCGAAUCAGAGGACUGCCAAGGAAUGCUCUUCAUUCUACGAACAAAGGGGUUUGUUGUUUGCGGGGUUUGGAACGAAUACCAGCAAGGACGAAAAUUCUCACCAAAGGAAGACGCACUGGAAAGCCAUAUUAGGUGGGGUUUUUGGUGCACUGGGACUCGUCUUCCUUGUUGUGUUGGUCUGUGUUCUGUUUAUACUCAAAUGUCAGAAGAAACCUGAGAAUUCUGACGCCUACUCUCGUCGUCAACAAAAAGGGAACUAUGGUAACUCUGCGGCUAUAGCAUCUGCAACUGGGGUCCUUCAUCCUGUUGGAAUCUCCUUCAACCUGUCGAGUUUGGGUGAAUCCUUCUCCUAUGAGCAACUGCUUCAGGCCACAGCAGAUUUCAGUAGUUCAAAUCUUAUUAAGCAUGGACAUACUGGGGAUAUCUACCGAGGUAGUUUGGAAGGUGGAAUUCCCAUUGUCGUCAAGAAAAUUGAUUUGAGCACUGUUGGAAGGGAAUCUUACAUGGUAGAACUAGAUGUAUUUGGAAGGGCUUCACAUACGAGGCUGGUUCCGCUUCUAGGCCACUGUUUGGACAAGGAAAAUGAGAAAUUCCUUGUGUACAAGUACAUGCCAAAUGGGGAUCUUUCUCAUGCUCUUCAUAGGAAAGCCACUAGUGUUGAGGAUGGUGUACAGUCUUUGGAUUGGAUAACAAGGUUAAAAAUAGCCACUGGAGCUGCUGAGGCUUUAACAUAUCUUCACCAUGAAUUUACACCAUCUCUGGUCCACAGAGAUGUUCAAGCAAGUAGUAUUCUUUUGGAUGACAAAUUUGAAGUGCGACUUGGAAGCUUGAGUGAGGUGUGCACCCAGGAGAGUGAUUCUCAUCAGAGCGUCCUAUCUAGAAUAUUGCGAUUUUCACAGAGUUCGGAGCAAAGCACUUUGGGUCUGCCGUCAGCAACGUGUGCAUAUGAUGUUUAUUGCUUUGGAAAAGUUCUGCUUGAAUUAGUUACAGGUAAGCUUGGGAUCAGCGGUUCCAACAGCACAAGCACAAACGAAUGGCUGGACUGGGCAUUGCCUCACAUCAAUAUAAAUGAAAAAGAACUAGUGACGAAGAUCAUAGACCCUCAUCUAAUUAUAGAUGAAGAUUUGUUAGAGGAGGUGUGGGCUAUGGCAAUUGUGGCUAGAUCAUGCUUGAACCCUAAGCCUGCCAAACGGCCACUUAUGAGAUACAUCCUUAAGGCACUGGAGAACCCUCUAAAAGUUGUUAGGGAGGAGAAUUCUAAUGCUAGUGCAUCAGCAAGACUGCGUACUACUUCGUCCAGGGGUUCUUGGAAUGCAGCACUUUUUAGCAGUUGGCGGCACAGCUCGUCAGAGAUUGUAGCUGUUCCGGGCUUCCCUAGAGAGGGAAAUACUAGCAUGAAACAAGCUGGAACAGCAGGAUCGCUAGGAAGCGGCCAAGGAGGGGAUGUGUCAUCUCACAAGAGGCUUUCCAAGGACAUAUUUCCAGAGCCCACUUCCAUGGCUGACAUAGAGAAAGUGGAUGAUUGAAGUUGCGAUUCUUUGACAAUAAAAUUAUGUGCAGGCUCCCCAUUCGAGUGCCUGCUCGAUAUACGGCCUCCCUCUUUUUUCCCUCAUUCAAUUUGUUCAACCAUCAUACUUCCCCUUUGUGAAGUCAAGAAAAAGGGAAACCAAAAAGUUCGUGCGCAACUGGGUCUUAGAUGGAUGCCGUUUGCCUGUUCAAAGAACCGUUGAUUGUUUCUUCUCUUUGAGAUUGCAUUCAUUAAAAUCUUACAGUGUGGCUCUUUUUUUGAGAAGGGGAUAUUUAAUUUGUUUGCCGGGAAACUUCAUCGUGAUCUGUAGUCUUUUGUACAAGUUACCAUGUAAAUGACAAAGCUUCAAGGCUC